UUGGUAUUUCGACACGCCACAUUCGUGGUAUCAAAGCCCCGUCUCCUCUCGCAUUCUCCCCAUUGUCUGUCUCUCCCAUCGAACCCUAGCUGCAGCAACCCGCCGCCGCCGCCUCUCCCGUCUCAGGACCCCGCCCGUGCUGCCUCCCGCCGCCCCUGCACAGAGCUCGGCCGCCGCGGCUCUGCACCGAGUCCGCCGUCGCCUCCAGCCCGAGCAACUCCUCCCGCAGGACAAGCUUCUCCACCCCGAGCGCCUCUGUAGCCCGCGCACGCCGUCCAGGCAGGAGCUCCACCGAGCUCGCUGCUCUCUCUCCCCCGAUUUUGGAUCGAAUUGCAGAUUUCAUCAUGUCAUCGUUCACCGGUGUAUCUGUGGUCACCGACGGAAAGCACUGCACCACGUCGGAUGUCGUCGGCACUACGGACUGUGGGUACCACCUGCUCAUGGUCAAAGAAUACUCGCGCACCGUACAAGAGAUACCCAUCGGAGAGGACAUCAGCUCUGGGCCUUUCAUGCUAGGAGGCCAUAAAUGGCACAUUGACUACUUUCCUAACAGUGAGGGGCCGAGUUGUGCCGACUUCAUUUCUCUCUAUCUUCGCCGUGACGAUGACAUUAUGGAAGAGGCUGUGGGUGCGAAGUUUGAGUUUAGCUUCGUUGACGAGGUUGAGUAUCAAAAGCCAGUACGCUUCCGCGCAACUGAAACAUGCAACUUCUCUAGCGAAACUCCUUCCAGGGGCUUCUGUGAGUUUGUGAGAAGAGAUGAACUUGAACAAUCAGCUAAUCUGAAGGAUGAUUGUUUCACCAUCCGGUGUGACAUCAUGAUUUUCAAGGAUACCACACAGUAUGCCGGUGGGACCAUGCCUGACAUAAGCCACCAUUUUAACAAUCUCCUUCAGAGUAAUGUGGGUGCUGAUGUGACAUUCGAGGUCAGCGGUGAGACGUUCCUUGCACACCGGUGUGUUCUUGCAGCCCGAUCUACAGUCUUCAUGGCACAACUCUUUGGCCCCAUGGCAGAGAAAACUACAUCCAGUGCCAUAGAGAUCAAAGACAUGGAAGCAAAAGUGUUUGCAGCUUUGCUUAGGUUCAUCUACACAGAUUCAUUCCCUAAGGUGGAGGAGGAAGAAGGACAGGAUGAGGAGGAAUCAGUAGAGGGUAAGAUGUCAGAAGUUGUGGAAGAAGGACAAGAAGAGGAUGCAAUAGAGCAGGUAGUUUUUCUCAGGUGUGUGCAAUGGGUGCAACACUUGUUUGUAGCCGCAGAUAGAUAUGAUAUCCAACGGCUCAAGUUCUUGUGUGAAGACCAGUUGUCCAACAACAUAGGCGUGAGCUGUGUGUUGUCCACUCUUGCUCUAGCAGAGCAGCACCACUGCCCUGGAUUGAAGGAGGCAUGCUUGAAGUUUAUCCAAGUCCAAUCUCCCAAGUGUUUGGAUAAAAUUAUGGCGAGUGAUGACUGGGAGCAUAUAACUACGACCUAUCCCUCUGUUUUGAAGGAGCUCAUUUCCAAGCUUGCAUCCAAUCAGAAGGAGAAGAAGAGGAAGCACGAGAGUAUGUAAUGCAAGACCUGAAGUAACACUAUUAUGCAUAGAUGUGAUGCGAUCCUCUAAUGGUGGUCUGCUCAUCUUGCUUUUGUAUCAUAAUAAUGUCGUUUGCCUAUUUUCUGAACCAGAAAGAUCCAACAUAUGGGCAAACAUGGAAUUGGAUGGUCUGUAGGUUUAGGUGCAAGCGUCGACAUUGACCUGUGCAAGUUCCCUAGCUAGUUGUUUCUCUGUUGCAUUGUGCCUUCCCUGCCAUGUAAAAAAAACCUUUUCUAGUGGUUAUCAAGAACCAUGCAGAUGUUUAUGGAA